AUGUCAGGACCGUUCCCCUGUUAUACCUUAAUACAGAUAUCAAACCAGAUCUCAGACCAGGGCUUCACUAUCCUACAGAUAUCAAACCAGAUCUCAGACCAGGGCUUUACUAUCCUACAGAUAUCAAACCAGAUCUCAGACCAGGGCUUCACUAUCCUACAGAUAUCAAACCAGAUCUCAGACCAGGGCUUUACUAUCCUACAGAUAUCAAACCAGAUCUCAGACCAGGGCUUUACUAUCCUACAGAUAUCAAACCAGAUCUCAGACCAGGGCUUUACUAUCCUACAGAUAUCAAACCAGAUCUCAGACCAGGGCUUUACUAUCCUACAGAUAUCAAACCAGGGCUUCACUAUCCUACAGAUAUCAAACCAGGGCUUCACUAUCCUACAGAUAUCAAACCAGGGCUUCACUAUCCUACAGAUAUCAAACCAGGGCUUUACUAUCCUACAGAUAUCAAACCAGGGCUUCACUAUCCUACAGAUAUCAAACCAGGGCUUUACUAUCCUACAGAUAUCAAACCAGGGCUUCACUAUCCUACAGAUAUCAAACCAGGGCUUCACUAUCCUACAGAUAUCAAACCAGAUCUCAGACCAGACCUUCACUUCAUACGUACCCUUUUCACACGAUCAUUCCAACCCCAACCAAACGAUGGUGGCUCUGAAGGCUUUUCCCAUGGUCCUUUUCAGCAUAGCAACGAUGGUGGCUCUGAAGGCUUUUCCCAUGGUCCUUUUCAGCAUAGCAACGAUGGUGGCUCUGAAGGCUUUUCCCAUGGUCCUUUUCAGCAUAGCAACGAUGGUGGCUCUGAAGGCUUUUCCCAUGGUCCUUUUCAGCAUAGCAACGAUGGUGGCUCUGAAGGCUUUUCCCAUGGUCCUUUUCAGCAUAGCAACGAUGGUGGCUCUGAAGGCUUUUCCCAUGGUCCUUUUCAGCAUAGCAACGAUGGUGGAUGCGAACCAGGCCAGCUCAGUAGUGUAUCAUCCAACUACCUGCUGCACUUACUAAGUGGUUAUUAGAUUGCUAAUGGUCCAAAAUGACAAUACAAUAAACAGUGGUUUCAUGCCAGUUCUGGCUUUCUUAAAGUGUUGACAAAGAAGAAAGGAUUUUGUAUGUAUUUUAACUUUACAGAAUUAAAUAAUUCUUUAUUUUCCAACACUGGUUAAAAAAUGUAUAUCGAGGUUUUUAAUGCUUAUAUUGCUGUUUUUGGGGGAGAGGGUGAUCAUGUUGAUUUGGCUGAGGACCCCUCCUAUGUAGAGAACACAGUGUGAGGGAAUGGCUUGAGUUACAUUUAUUUCACAGUGUUCUUUUUGUUGGCCGAUUUUCCCCCAAAUUACUUCACAAAAUGGAGGGUGUGUUUAUCACUGCAUCAGUGAGCCAGUGAGAAUUCCUCCAUUUUGAGGCGUAGAGUGGAUGGUCUCUACAGAACCACUCUGAUCCGAACAAGGAGGGGCAUCACAUCAGUAUUGAUACUGAAGAGACUGACUGCACAGUGGACAGUUACUACCAGCGGCUGUGUGUACGUGUAUCAACCGUCUCCUGAGUAUAAACGCUGAUCUAGGGUCAGGUCCACACUGUCCAUGGACUCUUAUUCAUUGUAAUCUAAAAGGCUAAUCUGAUCCUAGAUCAGCACUCCUACUCAGAGACCCUUUAUGAGUACGGACAUACAGACAUACCUAAGUAAGAGACCUCGUUACCCGACUCUGGUACCUGUAGUUUUCAGAGCUAUGCGAUACACCUGCUGUUUAAUGGCGCUACAUUAAAGCCUGUUGUGAGUAACUUUCCAGCAUGCUGAUAUGCUCCCAAAAGUCAUGUUUCAUGUCUGCACAGUUGAAAUAAAAAAAUACAUUUUGUCAAGACAUUUUAGAUUAAAAAGCUUAAUACUAAUAAAUAUUUGCAGCGAUUUUAAUAUCUGA